AUGCCGUCUAUGUCAUCCCUGAAGAAAGACUACCCCUGGAUCCAGCUUCCACUCAUAGUAUGCCCGCCCAUGCUACCAGUUGCAACCGGCGAGUUAGCCGCCGCCGUCUCUGCAGCCCAAGGAAUCGGCUUCAUCGGGCUAGGAAACAACAUCGACGCUCUCGACUCCCAACUCUCGCUGGCAGCAGAGCAUCUCCGGACAACACACAAGCAAGCCGGCAUCAAAACACAUCCAGACAUCCUACCUGUAGGAGUAGGCUUCUUAAACUGGGGCGUCAACCUCGAAGAUGCAGUACCCGCUAUUAAAAAGCACGUUCCGGCAGCAAUAUGGCUCUUUGGCGCAGCAAGAGAAAACAUGGCCUCCCUGUACGCAUCGUGGAUCACGCGCGUACAUGCAGAGACCGAAGGACGCACCAAGGUCUGGGUCCAGGUCGGAUGCGUCGCAGACGCCCUGCGGAUGACGGCAGACAUGCCCGAUCCAUCCUCGAGGCCGGACGUGCUUGUCCUGCAGGGCGCAGACGCAGGUGGCCACGGCCUCAAGAACGGAGCGGGAAUAAUCACGCUUUUGCCCGAGGUGCGUGAUACGUUGGCUGAGAGGGGGGUAGAUGUCCCUCUCGUAGCUGCGGGCGGUAUCGUUGACGGACGCGGUGUAGCUGCCGCCUUGUGUCUGGGGGCAGACGGUGUGGCGAUGGGGACUCGCUUCCUGGCUUGCUCCCAGACUGCUAUUACGAAGGGGUACCAGGAUGAGCUGCUACGUGCGAGGGAUGGGGGCCAGAGCACGGUGCGCACUACUGUAUAUGAUCGGCUACGAGGGUAUGUGGAGUGGCCUGGGGAGUAUGACGGGCGUGGAAUGGUGAAUCAGAGCUACGUUGAUGAACAGGCGGGCAUGGAUGACGGGGAGAAUAAGAGGCUGUACGAGGCCGAGAAGCUCAGGGGGGAUGCUGGCUGGGGGGUCAGGGGCAGGAUGACUUCGUAUGCCGGGACGGGAGUAGGACUGGUCAGGAGUGUUGAGAAGGCGGAGGACAUCCUCUGCAAGGCCAGAGAGGCGGCGAGGAAGUUGGUCAAAUGCGAUUGA